CCGCUGCCGGGGAGGGGUUAUCCUUACGCCGAGAGGGUGGGAGGGAGCGACGGAGAGAAGCGGGGCCCCACCACCAGCUCGGAGGCGGAGGACUGGCGGCGGUUUGGGUCGCUCGGGGCCAGGGAGGCUGGCGCCUGUUGUCCCGAGUUGGGGCUCCGGGUGUCCCGCCAGCUGCCUGGCGCUGAGGCGGGAGUGGGCGGGCGAGCAGGCGGGCGGGCGAGCGCGCGGGACGGGGAGGGGGUCGGUCCGCUGCGCUGCUCCUGCUGCUGCAUUGCAGCCUCCCUCGCUCCCGCCGUCCGUCCAUCCGUCCUUCCUCCUCCCUCCCUUCCUUCGCGUCUGGCGCGCUGCACAAUGGCGGCUCCCAGCCCCGGUCCCGGCUCUGGCUCCGGCGGCGGGUCCCAGGCGGCGCACACGGCAGUCAGCAGCAUGCAGGGAAUUAACAAAUACGUUAGCAGUAUGGCCUGAAGAUAUCAGUGGCUGACAUCUGGACUAGCACUGUGCUGGUGCGACAGUGCUGGCAUCUACACUAAGCUGCACCAACAGGCUUUCAGAUAAACUUCUGUGAAAAAGCACAAAGUAAGCGCAGAGCACUGAAGCUGAAUUUUGCAAACCCACCAUUCAAAUCCACAGCGCGAUUUACUCUGAACCCUACUGGAGUCCCUUUUCAGAAUCCACACAUUGAUACACAAGCAACAAUGGGUAGUAAUCACAUUGCCCCGUUCACUUUCAAAAGGAGAGAAGCGGAGAUGAUCGUGAAACUUUCCAGCAGGCUACAGGAGAGACUGAGAACACACAGCAUUGAAUCAUCAGGAAAAUUGAAGAUUUCCCCUGAACAGCAUUGGGAUUUUACUGCAGAGGACUUGAAAGACCUUGGAGAAAUUGGACGAGGCGCUUAUGGUUCUGUCAACAAAAUGGUCCACAAACCAAGUGGGCAAAUUAUGGCCGUUAAAAGAAUCCGGUCAACGGUGGAUGAAAAAGAACAGAAACAACUUUUGAUGGAUUUGGAUGUAGUUAUGAGAAGUAGUGACUGCCCAUAUAUUGUUCAGUUUUAUGGAGCACUCUUCAGAGAGGGUGACUGUUGGAUCUGUAUGGAGCUCAUGUCUACCUCGUUUGAUAAAUUUUACAAAUAUGUAUAUAGUGUAUUAGAUGAUGUUAUUCCAGAAGAAAUUCUAGGCAAAAUCACUUUAGCUACUGUGAAAGCACUAAACCACUUAAAGGAAAACUUGAAAAUCAUUCACAGAGAUAUUAAACCUUCCAAUAUUCUUCUGGACAGAAAUGGAAAUAUUAAACUCUGUGAUUUCGGCAUCAGUGGACAACUUGUAGACUCCAUUGCCAAAACCAGAGAUGCUGGGUGCCGGCCCUACAUGGCACCAGAGAGGAUAGACCCCAGCGCAUCCAGGCAAGGAUACGACGUUCGCUCUGAUGUCUGGAGCUUAGGGAUUACAUUGUACGAGUUGGCAACAGGACGGUUCCCCUAUCCCAAAUGGAACAGUGUCUUUGAUCAGCUGACCCAAGUCGUCAAGGGAGACCCACCACAGCUGAGCAACUCUGAGGAACGGGAGUUCUCCCCAAGCUUCAUCAACUUUGUCAACUUGUGCCUUACAAAGGACGAGUCCAAAAGGCCAAAGUAUAAGGAGCUUCUGAAACAUCAGUUCAUUCUAAUGUAUGAGGAACGAACCGUGGAUGUUGCGUGCUACGUUUGUAAAAUCCUGGAUCAAAUGCCAACAACUCCCAGCUCGCCAAUGUAUGUCGAUUGAUAUUGCUGCUACAUCAAAACUCUAGUGCAAAUGCUGAGAGAAAGCAGGAUGUACAGAAUCUUCACCCCAUAUUGCAGUGUUUUACCGCUCACCCAGACACCAUGUGCAAUAAUGUUGGUGUUUUUCUUCCAUUCUGUCUGUAUAUUAUUGUCACUUAUAAAGUGCAUCCAUGUAAUACCUGAUCACACAGUGUUAGUGUCGGUCAAAGAGAGACCUCAUUUUGCUCUUUUUGUGGACAUAUUCAUAAAAUGUGGAAAUAAGUAACAUUUUAUUUGUUGACCAUGAUUGGAUAGCACCUAAAGUUAAUUUCUAGACUCAAGAGACUUCUCAGCAGCUACUGGAAUGAUUUUUAUUUUCUCAAACUCUUCCAAUUGUUACAGAUAAUUUAAAAGAAAGGAGGUCAGGUGUUGGUCUCUCUGAACAUAAAGAGACUUUGCUUAGGGAGAGAGGAACUAGUGCAGCCAAAUGAGCAACUUCUGGAGCAAGCAGAGGCAAAGGAGGGAUAUAUAUAUAUAUAUCUUCACAAAGUGCAAUAGAUUAAUUGAUCUGAAAUUCUGUUGUUUUAUAGUCACAGUAUAUGUUUUGAGGACAGUGUGGCUCAGCAGAACUUCAUGUUUUGGGUGGGGGGAGGAGAAGUGAUCAUGUAAAAUAGACCAUGUCUUUACCAAAAAAAAUAAUUAAAAAUGCAUUGCAUUGAAAGAGGCUAACACACUCUUAAGAGAUUCUUAUCUUUUCCAAGCAAGCCACUCUUCAGUAGAACUAGGCAUCCUGUAAAUUGUUACCUGGUGAGAUAAGACUUUGAUCUGAGGAAUUAUUAAACUACUCAACUGAAUUCAACUGGCUUGUGACCCCUGAUUUCUAACAACAUUAUGCUCAUUAGCUGGCUGAACUUUCACCUCUGAAAGGGUACUGGGCAGCCUCAGCUGUGAAAAGCUAUGUUACGUUAUUAAUCAUUAAAUAUUUGUAAUUAACCUCCACCCAGCUCUCCAAAUUUGUAAUCCAGGACCUUCCCACAGAACUCCAGGUAUGACUUGGAAUCUGUGCUUCAUGUCUGAUACCCACCAUCUGAUUAAAUAAGCUUCCCUCAUCUCCUUUUGGAUUGUUGGGCUCCCAGGCCCCUACAAAAGGGAUACUAACUAUGCUUGAUUUUAUUUUGUGGGUGAAUUCAGUCUCUUGUGACUUUACAGAAAUAAAAUUUAGUUCUUCUGAGAAAUCUUUCCUAACAAAACAAUAAAUGGGAGAAAUGGAAUGUCCAGUUCUUCAAAAUAUUUGACAGAAAUAUAAAACCUAUUUAUUGAGAGAGGAAGGAAAGUGGUAUUAUGAUGUAUCCACAAUUAUCUGGACUUCCAACAGGCAGCCCCUACAUAUAUGACUAGGAGUAUUGUAUGGGAUUAAGCCUUGCCAGUGUGCGUGUCAGUGAUGAAAAGAAUCCAUUGCUGUCACCAGUUAACAAACUCUCCACGAGUUUGCCAGCUAGUGAAUAGGCUUUUACUGGCAAACACACUAUCCGUGCAAGAACAUGGUUAACCCCAAUAAGAGGCUGGAUUAAAAUGUACUGUGGCAUCCAAAUGGAAGCCAGUGGAGGCUCUUCAAGUGCAGCCCUUCUUCCCUGCAGUCCUCAGCGGAGGGCUUUCAGUCCUCUCCAGAGCCUCCCGGCUGGCAUGUGCCUCUCUCCUCGUUAUGUCCCCUUCUCAUUGUCAAAAGCUGGACAGCCCAAGCCCCCACUUUCCCUGUGCUACCCUCCUGUAUUUUCGCAGAAAAAUUCCAUUCCAUCGAUCAGGAAAUGGUAGUAGCGUCCCAUUCAGGCUCAGUGGAUGGUUGAGAAAGAGACAGACAGAUCUAGCAUAUUAAUCAUAGAUUGUCAUAUUAUACUAUUAAGGGUGCAGCAUUUAUAUUACAGUGUAUGUUUAUAAAGAUGUAUAGUGUUCAGAAGCUGUGAAAAUAGUGUAAGAACUGUACAUUGUGAGCUCUGGUUAAUUUUUCUUCUUCUUGUACCAUAGAAAAAAAUGUAUAAAAGUUUAUUGAGAAGCUGAUGUGCAGGGAUAUUGCCUUAUCGUCUGUAAGUAAAAUGGAGUUUGACAACAGAAUGGCUUCUAAGAGCUUCCAACUAUUUUAUCCUCUCUUGAUUUGACUUCUUCCUCUUAUAUUUAAAAUAUUCUACAUGGAAUCAAAGUGUUAAUGUAAUAGUUCUAUCCCCCCCCCCGCCUGCAGGUCAGUUGUAAUAAAUCAAGGAUGCGACUGUGACCUUGUUAUUCUUGUUAUGAGGUCAGACGCAUGAUAGGGAAAUCAAUAAAUGCUAACUGAAAUGUUUUUUAAAAUGC